GCUGGCAACAUUGUUCCAAACCAGCACGUUGUUUUUGGUUGUUUUUGUUUUUGAUGACAAAAAUUAAGAAACAAAAUGCGCAAUCUGAAGCUACAAUAUUGCAAGGAGGACACAACUGGCAUUCGGAAUGCAAAGCAACUGUUGCUGCAGCCGGAUUUCGAGCACAAGGACAAGGAGCUCACGUUUGUUGUGACCGAGGACAAAAUCUACGCCGUUGGUGAAGCCGGCGAUGGCGUGGAAGAGCCCAAAAUAAUUGCCGAAGUGCCGAACAUAGUCGGUGCUGAGUAUUUGCCACUGAAUGAUGAAAUAUGUGUAGCUACGGGCGAUGGCGAGGUGCUGCUCAUCAAUGCGAUAUCAUUGGAAAUUAAUGAUGGCACCUACUGUGACGUGGGCAUUGAGUGCAUGGCCUGGUCGCCCAAUCAGGAGGUGGUCGUCUUUAUCACUAAAGCCAAGAAUGUGGUUGUUAUGACUUGUAAUUAUGAGGUGCUCCUCGAGCAGCCACUUGAUGCGGAACUUGCCACCGAUCAGCAAUUUGUCAACGUCGGCUGGGGCAAAAAGGAGACUCAAUUCCAUGGCACCGCUGGGAAACAGGCGGCCAAACAGUCGCCAGAGUUCCAACCGCCUCAAGAUGUACAUACACUGCCACAGGAUGUAUGUAUUGCUUGGCGAGGCGAUGGCGCCUUCUUUGCCGUUUCCUAUGUGGCCAGCAAUGUGGGACGCACCUUUAACGUCUACGACAACGAGGGCAAAUUGCAACAUAUGGCCGAAAAGUGGAAUGGAAUGCAGUCGGCUCUUACCUGGCGUCCAAGUGGCAAUUGGAUAGCUGUGCCACAGAUCUUUUCCAAUAAAUCGACAGUGUCGCUGUUCGAGAAGAAUGGACUGCGUCAUCGGGAGUUUGAGCUUCCAUUUGAUUUGCAAACAGAGUCCAUUGUGAAGCUGCAAUGGAGCAGCGAUUCGGACAUAUUGGCAUUGCAAACAGCAACGGCGGAUGAACAGAGAAUUUAUCUCUAUACGAUUGGCAACUAUCAUUGGUAUCUUAAGCAGGUGCUGGUCUAUAAACAGAAUGAUCCGUUGGUCAUCUUCAAUUGGUCCAGUGGUCGCGAGCACACUCUGCAUGUGCUCUUGGAGAGCGGCAAGCGCUAUAUCUAUCGCUGGAAUUUGGCUGUCGAUCGCUUCCGGAACAUGGUCUGCGUUAUUGAUGGUAAACGUGUGCUAUUGACAGAUCUUUUGAAGGCUGUGGUGCCGCCGCCCAUGUGCCAGUAUACCUUGGAACUGGACAGCUACAUAAAUGUGAUUACCUCCAACUUUAACCAAUUGUGCCUGUACGACAGCGAAGGUCUGAUUCACUUUUAUGGUACCUCAGAGUUGCCUAGUCCGCCGGUUAUAAAGAAAUUCGUGUCCACGCCAAAUGAGAAUAUCGCACAAAUUGGACAAUUGGCGAAUCUGACGCAGCUCAAUGAAAAGCAUGAGUUGCUGGCCACACACAGCGUGGGCAACAAGACGCACAUUCUCCUGCUAAGAUCGGCGAAUCGAUCAUAUUGCGUGGAGAGCACGUUAAUUAUUGACGGCACUGUAAACGCCAUAGCCGAAGGCAAUAAUAAUAACUUUUAUAUCCACAUCAUUAACAAUGCACAAAUCUACGAGAUAUUAUUUAAAAACUUUAAAUUGGAGGCGGGUCGCUUAAUCUACCAAUUGACACAGGCUGCGGAUUACAUCGACUUUGGGUACUAUAAUCACUGGAAGACUGGUGGUCAAUCAGCUUCUGGAGUCAUAACGCUGCGAUCGCAGCAAUUGCUGCACAUUGAUGGACAAAGAAUUGAUGAGGAUGUGACAUCGUUUAUCGUGGCCGAGGAUUACGUGAUCUACACACAGUUGAACGCAUUGCAUUUUGUGAGUUUAUGGGAUCGUCGCAAGGUCUCGACCCGCAACAUCGAACGUGGUGCAAAGCUGGUGAUGCAUGGUCAUGAUGCACGCCUCGUGCUGCAGUUGCCCCGUGGCAAUCUAGAGGUUAUUUAUCCCCGUGUGCUCUUACUGCGACUGAUCGGCAGCUUAUUAGAUGAUGGUUGGUUUACAGAUGCCAUGCUGAUGGUUCGAAAGCACAGGAUUAAUCUGAACAUCAUUUGUGACCAUAAUGUGAAAAUGUUCUGUUCCCAGCUGAACAGGUUCCUCGCUCAAAUGCACGACAGUCAAUGGCUUUGUCUGUUCCUCAGCGAGCUGCAGAACGAGGAUUACGCGCUCAAUAUGUACGCCAGUAACUAUAACGCAUCAGAGCAACAAUAUCCGGCGGAUUAUCACGUUGAUCGUAAGGUUGAUUACAUAUGCGGAUUAUUGUGCGGUCUCAUGGAACAGACCACAAGUCCGAAAGAUGUAGCACGUUUUCGCUUGCCGAUCAUAACGAGCUACGUGAAGCUAGGCAAACUGGAGCAGGCGCUUCUCCUUAUUUGGAAGCAUAAGCAAACGGAUGCACAGCUGGCCGAUCAAUUGCUCAAGUAUUUACUGUAUCUGGUGGAUGUCAAUGAGCUGUAUAAUGUCGCCCUUGGCACCUAUGACUUUGGACUGGUUCUCUUCGUUGCACAGAAAUCACAAAAGGAUCCAAAAGAAUUUCUGCCUUACCUCAAUGAGCUGAAAUCCCUUCCGCUCGACUAUCGCAAGUUCAAGAUCGAUGAACAUUUAAAACGUUACGAUCUUGCUUUAACUCAUCUGGCUGCCUGUGGAGCAGAGCACUAUGAUCUGGCUUUGGAUGUCAUCAAACAGCACAAUCUCUAUAAAAAGGCAUUGGUCAUCUACCAGGCUAAGACAGACAUUCAUCAGCGCAUCUGUGUCGCUUAUGCGGAUCAUCUGCGUGCCAAUGCCCAACUGGAGACCGCCAGCAUCAUGUACGAACGUGGCGGGCAACUCCAGCAAGCGCUUCUUAGUGCCAAGCAUACAUUGGAUUGGCAGCGUGUCCUUAAUCUGGCCAAGCGCGCAGGCGAAUCCCUUGAACAGGUCGCCAGCUCAUUGGUGACGCCACUCCAGCAGCAGGAUCGACAUCUCGAAGCCUAUGAGUUGCUCAAGCAGUUCACCAAGUGGACUGGCGUGCCACCGCUUCAGGUUUUGAUCGACGGACAUCUCUAUGGACGUGCCAUCUACGAAGCUCGUUUGCUGGAUGAAGAUCUUGCAGUUGAUCUAUUGGCUAAUCGAAUACGACCAGCGUUGAUCGCCUUUGUAGAUCAGUUAAAGAAAUCACUGAGCGCGGAUCGGGAGUUGUUUUUGGAGUACAAGCAACGGCUGCUGGACAUACGACAACGUCAGGCGACAGCCAAUGAUGCUGAUGGUGCUGGGGAACACGAUGUGGACAUUGAUGAGGUGGAUCUGUUGUCGGAUACGAGUAGCAUGCAUUCAUCUCGCCACAGCAGCAGUUCGCGCGGCACAGGCAAAACCUUUCGCUCCAGCAAAAAUCGACGCAAACACGAACGCAAACUGUUGAGUCUGAAGCCGGGCAACCCGUUUGAAGACAUCGCGCUCAUCGAUGCGCUGCACAACCAAGUCACAAAGAUUGCACACCAACAACAACAGCAGCUUGUGCGUGACACAUGCAAAGCGUUGCUUCAGCUCCACAUGGAGGACGAACGGGCAGCGGGAUUGCAGCAAUUAUAUGAGAGUGUCUUGUCUGUGGUGCAGGCAUCACUGGACGCCAUUUGGAUACCAGAGCUAAUGGGCGGUACGGCACAGCACUUGACCGGACCCAAUAUCGACUACUUGGCCCUGCAGAAGGAGCAGCGAUAUGCCCUAAUAAGCCCGCUGAAACGCUUUAAGCCGCAGUUGAAUAUUAUUGAUUGGCAGCACAGCGUACUGCAGUAAUGGUUAUCGCCGAUACUGUCCUUAAAGCUUAACUGCAGCUUUUAAAGCCGCACUUAAAUAUUAUCGAUUGGCGGCUUAGCAUACUUCAGUUGUUGUGAUCGUUAUCGUAUAUCGCGCAUGGGCUGCUGCAGAUAAAUGCAGCUUGCAAACAAUUUGCGUGCAAUGGAUUUGGAUUUUCACUUUUCAUGCAAAUGUUUUGGUCCAAUUCAAAUAUUACAAGCGACGCAUGGCUAAUGUCGUGUCCGCCUCUCAUUUACUUUCACUUGGAUUUUUAGCUAAAAUAAAUGUUGCAUUAAAAAUACUAA